AUGGCAGUGGAAUUCAUUAUUAUUAUUAUCUCUCUCUCUCUGUGUCUCCAGAUUAAGAAGAGAGUUCCCAGUUUCUCCCCAGGCUCCCUCCUGGAUUUUGGAUCAGGGACGGGAAGCGUGGCCUGGGCAGCGCACAGCCUGUGGGGAGAGAGCCUGAAGGAGUUCGUGUGUGUGGACAGCUCUGGAGCCAUGAACUCCUUGGCCGACCUGCUGGUCAGGGGUAAGAGCUACAGGCAGGGGCAGCUCGGCCGCGGGGGGUUUCGGUAGGGACCACUAGGGGGCGACAGCACUUCGCAAGUAUUCGUGUAUAAAAGAGCC